AUGGAUGAUGUGAAAGUUGAUGAUAUAAAAGUUGACAGUGAAAUAAAUGAUAUCGACAAUGAAGAAGAAAGACAUACAUAUUUGAAUGGUAGGUUUGGAGUGGAGGUUAACUCACAUAGAAAUGUGAAUGAUCAUAUGAGGGUCGAAUACCAGUGGUUGGCAGUAGGAAAAGAUCCAAAUGACCAAAAUUUCGCUAUUGCAUUUGCCAUGGUGGAGAAUGAGACCAAAGAAACUUGGAGAUAG